CUUUUUCCUGCCAUCCAUUUGCUUCCGCUUUUCUCCCUCUAAACUCUCACUCACUCACUCUCACUCUCACUCUCACUCUUACCAAACAACAAACUGCAAACUACCAAUACCUAUACCCAUUGUUGGAAUCGCCUCAAUUCCGCCACUGCCACCCAUUCCAACUCUGCAACCUCAAGAAAUCCUUCUCCAUCAAAGCUUUUACCCACAUUUUCAUCUCUGCACAACCCCUCGUGCCCCUCAAGAUGGCAUCCGCGCUGAGCAUCCUUGCGUUGGCCGCUGCUUAUGUUCAACAAUCAGAGAGCAUGGACUUUCACGACGAGAUACCCCGUUUCGGGAUUCGCAGUGCAAGAUCUUCAGAUAUCCCUCUCUUGGAUCGCGUCGAAAGGUCUGCCGCAGAAGUUUUCCGAACCGUCGACUUGGACACCCUCGCAGAUAGACCAACACUCGACAUUCAUACUCUCGCCGUCAUGACACGCUCAAAUCACCUCUGGAUAGCCGUCAAUGAUUGGGAUCAGCCAAUUGGUUUCUUGGGAGGCGAGAGCAUGCACGGAAACUUUCACAUCACGGAGAUCUCGGUCGCACGAGACUUUCAAGGACGGGGAAUUGGAAAAGCUUUGAUGCAGACCAUGAUGGAACAAGUCCAGAGCGAAGGAUACAAAUUCAUCACUCUUACAACCUUUAAAGAUGUUCCUUGGAAUGGUCCUGUAAGAAUUCCAUCCAGCCCACACUUCUUUUGCCACAUGGUUGUUUUGCCUCUGUUUGCCUCUCGCUCGCAUAGAUUUCGUGCUAACCCUUUCCAAAUUAGUGGUACCAAAAACUGGGGUUCAAAGAAGUGAGCCCCCGAGCGAUGAAGAAGCAAUAUUCCGAAAUACUCAAGGAGGAGGCACAGAGUGCUGGUGUGGAUCCUGAUCGCAGGUGUAUUAUGCGCAAGCUGCUUUGAUGGUCUCAUCGGUUGACACAACAAAAUUUUCAUCACGAUGGGAAUUUGCCUAAAACGAACACGAAAAAAUGUCUCCCGACGACCCUUGAAUCCAGCUGUCUCUAAAAGGCAGUAAUGGAGAGCUACCAAGCUUAAAGACAUAUACGAAUUACGAAGCAGAACCUUCGGGGAUACGAGAAAACUGUGAGUAGAAUUGGAGGGAUCGCUACGGGGAGUAUCCCAGGAUCUCAUAAAGUAUGAACCGAACCCGGUGGUCGGCACCAUGCCAUGAUUGAUUAUAUGCAGGAGUUGGGAUUUGUUCGAUGAAUCGAUUGAGUUGCUAAAAAAGGUUUGCAUUGCAAUUUUUUGACGGAUUUCGACACAGGAUGUGGGGUUCCAUUUCCAUUCGACGAGUAGCAGAGGAUAAUGGCCUUGCUCAAAAAGCUCGCAUUUAGAAGGAUUGGAAGUUUCGCAGCAUUAGGCUGCACAGGGGCUGCAAUUUGCUAGCAACAUUAUGUACUAUUAUGGAAUGGGAAUUUAUGCAUUUGGG